AUGAGUAUGGUUGCCAUCUUUCACCAUGUCUUUCUCUCACUCAAAGAGAUCAAAGACAUUGAAGGGGAAGAUGAUGAUGACGACAAGGAAGAGAGGAAAUAUUCCAGUCUCUUUCAUCACGUUGGCGAUAUACCAAGACUAAUUUUCAGGAUCUAUCAGGAUUCUUCUGAGGAUGAUAGUUAUUCAUUUCAGCUUCCUGAACAUAACCUUCCAGGUUGUAAUUUUGGAAAGGAACAGAUGGAUUCACUUGAGCAACUGGACGAAGAAUCCAUGACUGUAAGAGCGGAAGGCAAUACUGGAAUUGAUGUUGACGAAGGCGUUUCCUGA